UACAAGAGAACACACACGAAAAUAAAAAUAAAAUUCCAGCAAAAUUCAAUUUCGAUAGCAAAAGGAGAUGAGUAACCAACGCUUCAACCAUGUUCAGUUGAGUGGUUAUGCCAAUAGCAUACCGCCCGGGGCUAGCACGCAGAUCGGUCCAGAUGGCGUCCAAAAAAAUGGUUCCUCCGAGGAGCAGUUGCCCUUGUGGCCCAGCGAACGCAUUCCUCCUGGUGGCCUAUUCCACACACCUAAAGUCCAGUACAGCAAGGAGACGUCCGAUUUGAUAAGAUUGCUUGUCAAGGAGUCUAAAAUGUCGAUGCUAAUGCGCAAACGCAUCGAUGAGACUCUGCGUAAUGGCGAUCCGCUGCCAUUGCCCCAACCGCCUCGACCUAAUACUAGCAAUGAUCCCGAUAAGGAGACACUCGCCAUUUUGGAGCGUGCUCGCAAUGCCAAGCGGAAGAGCCUCAAGAAUAUCAUGGCUAGUGGCGCUUUUAAUCAAAGCUACUACAGACCGCCAACCGAUAAUCGUAUGCCCAUAGACAAGGCUAAGGCCCAACUGCAAUUGAAGAUGGCCGGCACCGUUUUGCCAGAUCCUGCCAUAAAGCCGAAGCGUAGACCUCGUGAGGAGGCGCAAGUAAGCGAGGAGGACAUCAUCAAUGAAUUGCUGGAUCAGAUAAAUGAACGUGCCAAUUGGUUAGCCGAAAUGGAGGAAAUAGGUCAGGGUAAAAAGUAUCGUGCUGAGAUACGUGAUCAAAUAUCAGAGCGCUUACAUCGCAUUCGAGCUCUGGAGACUAAAGCCAAACUAAAAGCCUCUGGUUGCUUUCGUUUUGUAGACUAAGCGAAGCGCAAAUUGCCCAGAAACUGUAUUUGAAAUGUGUUUAAUGUUAUAAAGAAUAUAUUUUCAAUAAAUUAAAAAUAUUGUUGGCCCCACAAA